ACGGGAAUGAACGAAGUGAUAACAUUUUUACUAAGGUCAAGACCAUCUAAGCCGGGACCCUACCGUUUGACGGGACCCUAACGCUUCACCUUCCUUACACCCCCGUUACACCCCUCUUUUCCUUACAUAACCCACCCAAGUUCAUUCUUUUUUUUUAGCGGUUCAUCUUCUUCUUCUUCCUUUUUUCAUCUUUUUUUCUUUUUCAUGGAAGCUACUACGCGAUGAAAGCAAAUCAUCCAACUGAGAUAGAGAAGGAAUGAUCUAUAGUUGCUUUUAGAACCCUAAAUUGUCGUCGCCAUAAUGAUAAGCAAAGUUCUUCUCAUCCACUGCAAUGGUGAAUGCAUGCACAAAAAGACAUGUGGAGUCCCAAGCUUUUACACAAUCAAAUAUGGAGAAGAAGUAAAAGUAGAUAUUCCUCCCUGACUCCCAAAACAACUACUGGAGAUUACAGCGGAUCCAAGAUGCUUCCCCACACUCCCUUGACCCCUCUUAACAAUCUCACGUCGUGUUCCAGUGAGGAUUAUCAGUCCAAGAAUGAAACCAUCAAGGGAUAUGGUGGUUUUAAAGCGAGUACUAGUGGUCCAAAGGCUAGGAGAUGUCUUCAACCAGUAAUAACUCCAUCAUCCAAGAAACUCCGAUGUCUUCAUGAUGCGACAACAACUCCAGCGCCGGUUCUGGAUAUUCCUAAACCCCCGAAGGAUAUGAAGUACAAUGAUCUAUGUGUGGGUAACACUUUCAAAAGAAAGGGGAGCUGAAACUUAUACUUACAAUAGCCAAAGUAGAAAUAAAUUUUGAGUACAAAGCUUUUAAAUCCGACAGCCAGAGGUUUAUUGCCAAAUGCAAAGAC